AUGUCCGUUCUUACUGUUGCCUUGAAGGCCCCCGGAGAGACUAUUCUCCCGGCUGUUGCUAUCGCAAAUUGUCUUCAGGAGGCCAAGAUUGAGUUGCCUGUUGUCUACGAGGAAGCCGAGACAGUCGGCAAGGGAAAGGCAGAACUCAAGCUCGGUGACGGUACCCUGAUCUAUGAUGACGAUAUCAUUCCCUACCUCCGAGAGCAUAAUGAGGUCCUCCAGGCUGGAAACAAGGAACAGGUCGACGAGUGGUUGAAGAGGUCUACCGAAUUCAGGGCCACCGAUUUCAAGGCGAUGGACAAGCCAAUGAAGGAACUGGAGGCCCAUCUUACGCUCCGUUCUUACAUUGUUGGGUAUGGCUUGACACUGGCCGACCUCGUCGUUUGGGCCACUCUCCGUGGUAACCGCGUUAUGAGCGGAGCCGUGAAGAGGUCGACCAACAGCGUUGGCAGAUGGUUCAACUUCAUCGAGGCUCUGUACCCCUGGAUUGGACAGGGUGGCGCCGAGGUGGCCGCGGGAGCCAUGAAGAAGAGGGUUGCAGCUAGUGCAGCAGGUGCCAGCUAUAACAUUGGUCUUCCAGACACGGACAAAGGCGUGGUGACUCGGUUCCCCCCAGAGCCAUCUGGUUACCUCCACAUCGGUCACGCCAAAGCAGCUCUGCUUAACGAUUACUUCGCUCAUGAGGCAUACAAGGGAACGCUCAUCUGCCGAUUCGACGACACCAAUCCUAGUAAUGAGAACCAGGAAUUCGUGGAUGCCAUCACCUACGACUUGUCGUUGUUGGGUAUCUUCCCCGACAAGAUCUCGUUCUCCAGUGAUUAUUUCCAGCAGAUGUACGAGGACUGCAUCAAGAUCAUCAAGAGCGGCAAUGCCUAUGCCGAUGACACUGAGAAGGAGCAGAUGCAGUCUGAGCGAUGGAAUGGAAUUGCCAGCAAGCGCAGAGACGAGAGCGUCGAGGACAACUUGGCUCGAUUUGAGGAGAUGAAGACUGGGUCCGAGGAAGGGCAGAGGUGGUGUAUCCGUGCAAAGAUAUCCAUCGACGACACCAACAAGGCCAUGCGAGACCCCGUUAUCUACCGCUGCAACCUGACCCCCCAUCACCGGACGGGAGAUGCCUGGAAGAUGUACCCUACGUACGACUUCUGCGUCCCUAUCCUCGACUCCCUAGAAGGUGUCACCCAUGCCCUACGUACGAAUGAGUACAAUGACAGGAACCCGCAAUACGCCUGGUUCCAGAAGACCCUUGGGAUCCGCAGUGUCCAUAUCUGGGACUUCUCGCGCCUCAACUUCAUCAAGACCCUUCUGUCGAAGCGCAAGCUCACCAAGAUUGUCGAUCAGGGCAUGGUCUGGGGAUGGGACGACCCCCGAAUGCCCACCAUUAGGGGUAUCCGUCGCCGUGGUAUGACCAUUCCUUCCCUGCGCGAGUACAUCUUGAAGCAAGGCCCCAGCCGCAACAUCAUCAACAUGGACUGGACCACCUUCUGGUCCAACAACCGGAAAUACAUCGACCCUACCUCCCCGCGUCACACCGCGAUCGCGCAGGAGGACAUGGUGCCGGGCAUUGUGUCGGGUGCCGGCGGCGUCGAGACCCAGGACAAGCCAAAGCAUCCCAAGAACCCGGAGCUCGGCAGCAAGACCGUGUACUACAGCAAGGACAUCCUGUUCGAGCAGGAGGACGCCAAAUCGUUCAAGCAAGACGAGGAGAUCACCUUGAUGAACUGGGCAAAUGCCAUCGUGCGCAAGAUCACCGCCGACGCCAGCGGGAAGGUCACCGGCCUCGACCUCGAGCUCCAUCUCGCCGGGGACGUGAAGAAGACGGACAAGAAGGUCACCUGGCUGUCCAAAGACCAAGAUCUAGUCCCUGCGAACAUCUACGAGUUCGACUACCUGAUCACCAAGGACAAGAUCGAGAAGGACGAGGACUUUGAGCAGUUCCUGAACCCGAAGACGGAGAUCAAGACCGCCGUCCUCGCCGACUGCAAUCUCGCCAACCUCAGGAAGGGAGACAGCAUCCAGUUCGAGCGCAAGGGCUACUACAUCCUCGACCAGGAGCCCAAAGAUGGUCAGCCUGCCAUCCUGUUCAACAUCCCAACCGGCAAGUCUGGAUAG